UUGAUUGGAUUUCUAUCCUCUUCUAACGCGAACGUUAAAGUGAGAUAAAAAACUCCGAUAGCUACUUGCCCUUCUGCCAAUGUAACGUUAAAGACGUAUUGAUUAGAAAUUAAUUAACGUUCAUAUUAAUUCGCUUGCCAAAAAUCGAAUAGACAAUUAAGUGUUGGUCCAAGAAAUAAAAUGUAUUAGAUUUGUUUGUGUUUUGUUGUUGUAAAUAGUAAAGUGUCAAAAUGAGAAAUGAAAGUGACAAAUCGAACGAGUGGGAGAACGAAAAACUGAACCCGAACGGAUGGCUCAGCUCUCGUCCCAGUCAGCAGUUCAACGUCAUCAGACGGGUCUACCAGCAAGAUGCGCUCAACAAGGACGCCGAUUACCAAGUUCCUGAUAGACCACUGGGUCACCGCUGCAAAAAACUGGUCAACAGUUGCGGCAUCGGUGAAUGCCUCCUCAAUUCAGUGCCGCUGAUCAGAUGGCUGCCGAAAUACAAAACUAAAGAGUAUCUCGUUGGGGAUUUGGUCGCUGGAGCUACCACCGCUGUUAUGCACAUACCUCAAGGUAUGGCGUACGCGUUGCUAUCAGAAGUACCACCGAUAGUUGGAUUGUACAUGGCAUUUUUCCCGGUGCUAAUCUACGUUAUAUUCGGUACCUCCCCUCACAUUUCCAUGGGAACAUUCGCGGUCGCUUGCUUGAUGGCUGGAAAGGUUGUGACACAGCACGCUACCGUUCUAGACGUGACCCAUGGGAACAGCACGAAUGGUAGUACAGCGCCUGAAACUGGUAUAGAAUACACACCCAUACAAGUUGUAAGCGUCGUUUGCCUCUGCGUUGGCAUGUAUCAAAUCGUGAUGUGGAUGUUUCGUCUCGGUGCAGUAUCCACUUUGCUGUCAGAUUCCUUGGUGUCAGGAUUCACGACUGCCGCCUCAUUCCAAGUCGUCGCCUCUCAGCUGAAGGACCUGUUUGGGGUCAAGAUAGGGAAGACGUCCGGGAACUAUAAAGUCGUCUUUACAAUAGUCGAGGUGGUGAAAAAUCUUCCGAACCUGAACUGGGCUGCGUUCGUGAUAUCGCUCAUCACUUGUGUCGUCAUAGCUUUGAACAAUGAACUCCUUAAGCCGUGGGUGAGUAAGCGCAGUAGAGUGCCAGUUCCUGUAGAGCUAUUGGCCAUCGUCGUCGGCACGUUGGUCUCCAAGUUCGGGGGGCUGAAGGAGCAAUUCGGCAUCAGUUUGGUCGGACAUAUACCGACCGGCCUUCCGGUGCCGCAAGUACCCGCCGUCGAGCUGAUCCCGCAAGCGGGCAGCAAGACGGGAGUGACGUCAGUCGUGAGUGCGUCCCUCAUCCUCUGCGUGCUGCUGUGGAUCGGACCAUUCUUCGAGGACCUCCCUCGGUGCGUGCUGGCCGGCAUAAUCGUGGUCUCGCUCAAGGGAAUGUUCAUGCAGAUGAAGGAGCUUACGAAAUUCUGGGGUCUCAGUAAGCUGGACGCCAUGGUGUGGCUGAUCACUUUCCUGGUGACGCUAAUCGUGAACAUCGAUAUCGGUCUCGGUGCGGGUCUGCUGGCCAGCGUGGGCGCCUUGUUCUGCCGCUCCCAGAAACCCUACACCUGUCUCCUGGGCAGAGUUCUGGACACCGAUCUGUACCUUGACACGAAGAGAUACAGGGCCGCAGAAGAGCUGCCGGGCAUCAAGAUAUUCCACUACUGCGGUGGCUUGAACUUCGCCAGCAAGAACCUGUUCCGGUCGACGCUAUUCCGGAAGAUCGGCUACAUGAAGCCGGCGGUCGUGACGCACGACGAGGACAACAACCUCACCAAGAGCGAAUCCUACGAAUGGGAUCCCAGUAUCAGUCACAAGGUACAAUGUGUGAUAAUAGACGCAACCGCUUUGUCGUACGUUGACGCUCCCGGGAUCAAGAGUUUGAUAGCAGUUCAGAGAGAACUAGUUAGCAGCAAUAUUACGGUGCUAUUGGCGGGAGCUAACGGGCCCGUGCUGGAAAUGAUCGAGAGAUACAACAAUUUGGAGGCCGAGAGACUUCAGUUGGACACGUUCCCGACCGUGCACGACGCGGUCGUUUACUACAACGUAUCGGAGGCAAGAAAGCACGACGUACCCGUCACGAUAGCGCCGUGACACCAAACAAACUAGAGCUAAUAAAAAAAGUUUAAUUAUUUAGUAACGGCACGGAGACUUGUCGAUUGGUUGAACUGUUUUUUUUACUGGUGGUAGGACGUCUUGUGAGUCCGCACGGGUAGGUACCACCGCUCUGCCUGUUUGUGCCGGGAAGCAGUAAUGCGUUUCGGU